AUGGUGAUGGUGAUUCCAAUGGGGAUACUGGGUUUCAGCGCGGUGGUGGCCGGCUGGUUGGCCAAUCCCAUCGGUGUCCCGAGCAUCUUCGGUUUGAUACCCUCUCACUGGCUGACCGAAUAUUUCGCUUCCGGUCUGCACGAUGGGCAUCACGCGCCGCCGUUCAACAUCGGGAUAGCGGUCAUAUCCAACGUCGUGGCCGCAGCGGGGAUUGGCCUAGCCGCGCUCACCUACGCCUGGCCCCGCCCUUUCACCGGAGCGGACCCGCUGAGCAAAGGCGGUCCCUUGCACACGUUGCUGGCCCAGCGGUACUACAUGGACGACCUCUACGAGGGCUUGAUCGUGGGCCGGGUCUUCUACCGGACCAUCGCAGCGAUAACCGACUGGUUUGACCGUAACAUCGUGGACGGAAUGGUCGGUUUGGUAGGCUGGAUUUCCCGCAACAUCGGAAGCCUCAUCGCCCUAGCGCAGAACGGACAAGUGCAGACCUAUCCGUUGGUUGCAGCGGCGGGCGGUGUCGUCAUCAUUAUUCUCUUCCUGGCCUUGAGAUAA